CGGCCUUGCUCUACACUUCCCUACACCUGGCGCUCCCAUCCUGCCAGCUCCCGGGGAAUUGGUCGGGAAUUGAUUGGCAUUGAGACCGAUGUAACGGAUCGCGUGUUGCUGCCCUUGCUCUCCCAGCACACCUCCCCGCCCCCCCUCAAAGGGAGCCCAGUCCACCCCAUCCCCAAUUUACCCGUUCAGUUUGAUCCCUCGGCGCGCAUUGGGUCCGAAUCCAUCGUCCUCCCCCGAUAACCUGCCCGAGGAACAAGCCUUAUCUAUCCCAGCAUUCGGAUUGGGUCUAGUCUACCUUCCAGUUGACCACUGAUUCCGCCCCAGGAUCAGACGAUAUAAUUGUUGGCCUCUGAAGUCACCGAAAGCUUAUCGGACUCGACCCGUUCACCUUCGCCUCAAACCCUACAAUUUCAAUCGCCGGAUAUACGGACAUCGUCUCAAUGAGGCCCCAGCGGGAAUAUCAUAUCGUUGUCUUAGGCGCUGGAGGUGUGGGAAAGAGCUGUCUUACCGCUCAAUUCGUGCAGAAUGUCUGGAUUGAGAGCUACGAUCCGACAAUUGAGGAUUCCUACCGGAAGCAGAUUGAGGUAGAUGGCCGGCAAUGUAUUCUGGAAAUUUUGGACACCGCAGGAACCGAACAGUUCACGGCCAUGAGAGAGUUGUACAUGAAACAAGGUCAAGGGUUCCUGCUCGUAUUCUCGAUUACGAGCAUGUCCUCACUCAACGAGCUAUCCGAACUACGCGAACAGAUCAUCCGUAUCAAGGAGGAUGAAAAAGUACCCAUUGUUAUUGUGGGCAACAAGUCCGAUUUGGAAGAGGACCGCGCCGUGCAACGCGCUCGCGCCUUCGCCCUAUCGCAGAGCUGGGGCAACGCCCCCUAUUACGAAACCUCAGCCCGUCGACGCGCCAAUGUCAACGAGGUCUUCAUUGAUCUCUGCCGACAGAUCAUCCGAAAGGACCUGCAAGGCAACUCGAAGAGCUCCGACUCGGACCGCAAACGGGAGGGCGGCAAAGGGCAGGACCGACGUAAGGAUAAGAAGCGCCAGAACCGGCGCAAGGGUCCUUGCGUGAUCCUAUAAUGACCCAAAACCGCGACCACGGAGACGACGAAAGCACCCCAUAAACGAACGAAGCAAGCGUGGGCCAACUCUUACUCCCAUCGCUCAAUACUACGCAUAUGACUUACCUGCUGCACUGCACAAUGCACAUACCCCGUCUACAAAGCCUGUCUAAU